GAUGACAGUGGUUGGUUCAUGUUCCGUCCACCAGAGUUUCGCUGCAAAUCGAACCUCAAAAUUUCUUUACCACAUUAUAAUAACAAACCUUUUUUUACAAAAUUUUAUUACAAAUUUAGAAAAUUGAAAUAAAAUAUGCUGCGUCAAUUUAUAUCGCGAUUGUCGGUAGUUCGACCGAAUGUUGCAUAUGCAGUGCCAUCAACCCAAUUCUACAGUGUGCAAACGAGUUCUGAGGUCAAAGCCGAAAAUACAGCCACCGAUGGAGAAGAUGAUAAAUUGUAUAAAAGACUCGAAAUUGAAUUGAGGGGCCAUGAUAAAAUGGUUCUUAACAGCUAUGUGAAGUUUGCAGUAUCAGCGGCUAAACAUUUGAGCAUUGAUGUCGGCAAAAGCUGGACACCACGAUUGCCCUACAAUAAAGAACGAUACACAAUACUAAAAUCGGCGUUCGUUCACAAAAAGCAUCGAGUUCAAUACGAAGUCCGUACAUAUUUUCAUUUCAUAGACUUACAUCGGCUGACCGGUUCCACAUUAUCAACCUAUUUGGAAUAUAUCGAACGAAAUUUGCCCGAAGGUGUUGCACUCAAAGCAACCAAAGUCGAAUUGCUAGCAUUGCCAGAACAUUUGAAACAGCCACUGCAAGCGGUCGAGAAUGAACAAACCAAAUAAAUUGCAAUGCAAAAUGAAUGGGUUUUUUUUUGUUAAAUAGUUCAAUAAAAAAAGAUUAAAUUUAGAUCGAAUGGAUGCUGAUAUUUGUUUUAAAAUUGAAACAUUUUUCAUUUUGUCUGCGGUUUGGAAAAAAAUCGGAAUUACCGAAGAAGAUGGUAUAGAAAUCUGAUUAUGUCACAAGAUUUAGGGAUUUCUAUCAUUGUCCAUUCGUUCAUACUUCCUUCCAUUAAAAACCCUUCUCUGCGAACUAUCUGAUUAUCGUUCUUCGAACCAUUAAA